GCCCGGACACAGCACGCAUUCCCGCCGGAUCUGCAGAAGCCUGUCGGCUGAGCGCACAGCUGCCCGCACCAUGCCCAUGAUAUUGGGGUACUGGGACAUCCGCGGGCUAGCCCAUGGCAUCCGCCUGCUCCUGGAAUACACAGACACAAGCUAUGAGGAAAAGCGGUACACCCAGGGCGACGCUCCUGACUAUGACACAAGCCAGUGGCUGAAGGAGAAAUUCAAGUUGGGCCUGGACUUUCCCAAUCUGCCCUACCUGAUAGAUGGGUCUCACAAGAUCACCCAGAGCAAUGCCAUCCUGCGCUACAUCGCCCGCAAGCACAACCUGUGUGGGGAGACAGAAGAGGAGAAGAUUCGUGUGGACAUUUUGGAGAACCAACUAAUGGACACCCGCAUGGAGCUGGCCAGGCUGUGCUACGACCCUGACUUUGAGAAACUGAAGCCAGAGUACUUGGCGGGGCUACCUGACAAGCUGAAGCUGUACUCACAGUUCCUGGGGAAGAGGCCUUGGUUUGCAGGGGACAAGAUCACCUUUGUGGAUUUCAUCGCCUAUGAUGCCAUUGAAAGAACCCGGAUAUUUGAGCCGAAGUGCCUGGACGCGUUCCCAAACCUGAAGGAGUUCAUAUCCCGCUUUGAGCUGGCCCUCCCCAUCCGCCUGCUCCUGGAAUACACAGACACAAGCUAUGAGGAAAAGCAGUACUCCAUGGGAGAUGCGCCUGACUAUGACAGAAGCCAGUGGCUGAAGGAGAAAUUCAAGCUGGGGCUGGACUUUCCCAAUCUGCCCUACCUGAUAGAUGGGUCUCACAAGAUCACCCAGAGCAACGCCAUCCUGCGCUACAUCGCCCGCAAGCACAACCUGUGUGGGGAGACAGAAGAGGAGAAGAUUCGUGUGGACAUUUUGGAGAACCAGGCUAUGGACACCCGCUUUCAGAUGAUCAGAUGUUGCUACAGUCCUGACUUUGAGAAACUGAAGCCAGAGUUCCUGGCGGGGAUCCCUGACAAGAUGAAGCUGUACUCACAGUUCCUGGGGAAGAGGCCUUGGUUUGCAGGGGACAAGAUCACCUUUGUGGAUUUCAUCGUCUAUGACGUCCUUGACCAGCACCACAUGUUUGAGCCCAAGUGCCUGGACGCGUUCCCAAACCUGAAGGAGUUCAUGUCCCGCGUUGAGGGCUUGAAGAAGAUCUCUGCCUACAUGAAGUCCAGCCGCUUCAUCAAAAGCCCUCUGUUUUUAAAGAUAGCCAAGUGGGGGAACAAAUAGAGCCCUGCAGUGCCAGGUAUGGGGUGAGGAGCCAGGGCUGGCCUGCUGACCUGGGCCUGGGGGUCCCAAGCCCUGACCCCCACAUCAGCACGCCCAACCCGUCCUCUUUCUGCUGCCUCUCCCCAGGCCGUGUUGGGUCACUUUGUGUUUUCAUAUCCCUUUUCCCUGCGCGGCUCUUUUAAGCCAGCUGUCCACAUCUGUGCAGCGUUCCCUUCCUGCUGCCCUGCACUGGAGCCCACCUGCCGUCCUUCCAGGUCGAGGCUGUCUUGCUUUAAGGAGCCAGAGUGGACCCUGAUAUCCCCAGCACAGCCUUGAAAACUGGCUUACCCGGGUACACCUACUCCCCCAUUGUGGCCCUGCCCCAGCCCUGUCUGAUCCACAGUAAAGCCUGUACCACCCCUGC